AUGCAGUAUCGUUUACUCGCUUUGUCCCUCCUCGCCGGCGGUGUAACUGCUUGGCUUCCGCAAGAUCAAGACCUUGCAGCGUUCAACCAGACGGCCCGAUUUGAGCAGCUUGGAAAACGCUUCGAGCCUUCUCUCCCAAAUGGCGUGACCAAGAUUCGCGGUGUCAACUUUGGAGGAUGGCUCGUUUCGGAGCCUUGGAUGAUGAGCAACGAAUGGAGCAAAAUGGGCUGUGCUAGCUCGGCUUCUGAGUUCGACUGCAUGAAAGACCAUUACACUGGUAGCAACCGAGCGACAGGAAACCAAAAGUUUGCAAACCACUGGAGAGAUUGGAUCAACCCUGCCACUGUCCAAUCUGCUCAUGAUGUUGGCUUGAACACUAUUCGUAUUCCUAUUGGAUACUGGUCAUACGCGGCUAUCGUCGAUACUGCUAGCGAGCCUUUCGCGGAUCCUGCUCCAAUGCUCCAGUAUCUGGACGCUGUCGUUCAAAAGGCUACCGACCUGGGUAUGUAUGUCAUUAUCGACCUCCACGGGGCGCCAGGCGGCCAGCAAGAGGACGUCUUCACAGGCCAGAACAACAAGCCAGCCGGCUUCUUCAACGACUACAACUUCGGCCGUGCCCAGAAGUGGCUCUCAUGGAUGACUAAACGCAUCCAUAGCAACUCUGCCUACUCUUCCGUCGGCACGAUCGAAGUCCUAAACGAACCAGUCUCCGACCACGAUGCGAACGGUCGCUACCCAGCACCCGGAGAAGUCCCAGGCUUGAUUCAAAAAUACUACCCGGCAGCACUCAAAGCCGUGCGUGAUGCCGAAGCAUCCCUCAACGUCCCAGACAACAAAAAACUCCACGUCCAGUUCAUGUCCAAGAAAUGGGGCUCCGGCGACCCACGCUCCACCUCCGCAAUCCAGAACGACCCAAUGACCGCCUACGAUGACCACAAUUACAUCGGUUUCGCCCUCGGCAGUACCAGCGACAAGUACUCUCUCAUGCACAGCGCUUGCACCGAUUCACGAGUCGUUUCCGGACAAGAUUUCGCUAUUACGGGAGAAUGGUCUAUGACGUCCGGCGUGGAUAAGAAUGAUGGGGCUUGGUUUAAACAGUGGUUUACGGCGCAGCAGCAGCUUUAUGAGAAGCCCGGGAUGGAUGGUUGGGUUUAUUGGACUUGGAAGACGGAGUUGAAUGAUCCGAGAUGGACGUAUAGUUAUGCGACGUAUUUGGGGUAUGUGCCGACUGAUGCGGCGGGUUUGGAGAAGAAUGUUUAUCAGGAUGUUUGUGCUGGGUAUAGAUAA